GGAAACGGAAGUAAAUAUCAGUUUGUUGAUAUGUAAACAAGGACAAAGAAGUCAGCAGAAAUGUUUAUUGAACUGUGACAUAAAUGAAAUGCAACUACACGGCUCACUGUGAGCUAACGGCUAACAUUUAUACACGUUUACUUUUUCAUAACAAGUUCCUAGGUGGUGUGUUACUGAGCAGUGAUGGAGCUUUCUCAGAGGGACAGGCUGUCAAAGCUGGUGGAGGAGCUGACCACAUCAGGACAGCCUCAGCUCAACCAGGACAAGAUGAAGGAAAUAAAGAAGAUCUGCAAAGUGUCUAAUGACUGCAUAGACCACCUGUACCACCUGGUGAUGUCCCAGCUCAACCAGGAACACUCUGAGAUAAGACUGUCAGCUUUCCAGAUCACCAGUGAGCUGUUCUCCAGAUCACACCACUUCAGGAUGCUGCUGGUCGACAACUUCCAGGAGUUCUUGGAGCUGACAGUGGAGACUGACUCAGACCAGCCCCUCCCUCCUCCCAAAGAAGUAGCCAGGAAACUGAGGUCAUUGGCCAUCCAGACGGUCCAGUCGUGGCAGGCGUCUUAUGGAACGGCAUAUAAGAAGUUGGCUCUGGGCUACCACUUCCUCAAACAGGUUAAGAAGGUGGACUUCCAGGAUGCUGAGGCCAGGACGGUGGCAGAGAGGAGGAGGGAGGAGGAGAGACAGAGGAGGAUGGAGAGGAUCUACAAGGAGAGGGUGGAAACAGCCUGCAGAGACAUGGAGGAGUUGCAGCAAGAAAUUGAGGCCACGCUGACAGAGAUGGAGUCCUGUAUGAAGCUGCUUUUCCCUGAGUUUAGCCUCACAGACAUCCAGACAGUAAACAGCUCUCCUUCACACUCUGUACCAGCCAACCAUUGUCCAUCAGCUGAUGAACAGCCCUGCUGCAGCAGAGACCUGAGGGACGACAGGACAGGAGAGGGGAGCAGGGAAGAAAAGACAAACUGUGGCACAGGAAAGAAAGGAGGCAAAGAUGAAGGGAUGACGGAGGGGAAGGGAGGAAAGAGAAAUGACCGGGAAGAGGAAAAAGGGAAGGGAAAGAAGGAGAGAAGAGAAGUGGAGGGAGAGGAGGAAGAAGUGGAGGGAGAGGAGGAAGAAGAGGAGGAAGACGAGGAGGGAAGUAUUGAAGAAGAGGAGGAGGAGACUUUUGAUGGAGACUUAUUUAUUAGAAACUCGGGGCUCAUAUCUCACUCCUACAGUCUGGACCUGAACCUCAAUCCUGGUUUUCAUUUGAAGGAGACGGAGGAUAAUGAGGUAGUGGUUUCCACGGUAAUAGACCUCCACAGACUGAUAACAACCAAACAUCUACCAGCUGUGCAGGGCUGGGUUCAGGUGUUCACUAAGGCAGGAGCAGAGCAGCAGCUGCUGAGGAGAGCUCUGGAUCUGAAGAGAUCUCUGGAAGCUGCACUGCAGAAACACAAAGAGCUUCACAUUGACUACAAGACCAGGGUCCGCAGAGUGAUGAAGGCUUCAGACGGAGAAGAUGAUGAUGAAGAUGAUGAUUUUGAUGAGGUUCCAGAGAAAGAGGGAUAUGAGCCACACAUUCCAGAGCAUCUUCGAGCUGAUUAUGGUUUGGAUCCGUCUCCUUCCACUUCAGCAGCACCUGUCACAAGAAAACCUCCUGCUAAGAGACCUGCAGCUCUUCCCCCUCAGCCUCUCUCCUCCUCCUCCUCCUCCUCCAGGUGUCUGAAGCGUCUCACAGAAGAAGAGCAGGAUCCGACCUGUGCAGCCGCAACACUACGGGUGCUCAGACAGACCCUCCCUCUGCAUGCAGAGUCCAGCAGCUCCACUGAUCCCAGUUCAUCUCAGUCCAGUUCAGACCAGAAGCCUGUUGAUGCUCCUGUGGUUCCGUUUGGUUUGGACCUGUACUACUGGGGCCAGGAGCAGCCCAAUGCUGGCAAGAUCAUCAAGGCGGCCUCCCAGCAUCAGUUCUGGGUUCCCUGUGAGGUGGAGGAGGAGGUGGAGAAUGAGCAGCUGCUGGCAGAGAGCAGGAGCAGAUACAUCUCCUUCCCUGGAAGCUUCACUCCUGUCACCCAUCACUGCAGAGCUCCACUCGGUAACGGGAAGCUGUGUCAGAGGCAGGACCGACUCAAGUGUCCUUUCCAUGGCCGCAUCGUUCCUCGAGGCCAGGAUGGUCGACCCUUCAGGCAGGAGGACCGAGUGAGGGAGGAGCAGGAGGAGAGGAGGAGGAGGGAGGAGCAACCAGAGUGGCGUGAUGCAGAGCUAAUGCGAGACAUUGAGGCAGCAACAGGAGAGAACCUGGGCUCUGACAGAGUACGUAAAGGGAAGAAGAAGAAGUUCCCCAACCUCAGUGACCUGAAACGGAACGCCAACACAUCCCGCUCCAGGCUGGAGAAGAAAGUCUUCAACAAGACCACCGUGCGUAGAGUGGCUCAGGUGAUGAGUAAAGCCGACAGAAGAAAACACGAAAAGUUCUCCAACCAGUUCAACUACGCUCUGAACUGACCUGCAGUCAGUUUACUUUCUGUGACUGAGGGACAUGGACAGAAAGAAGGAUUCACAUUGAUACUGUGUGUGAACCUGAUCACCAGAUAAAUAUGACUGCUGUAAUACUGAAAACAUUUGUGCGAACAUUAUAUGCAGUUUGAAUGAUUUGAGCCGUGUUUGAUUAACCUUUGUAAGAACAGGACUGUGAUCAUUGAUCACUGAUCAUUGAUCUGAUGUGUGAUGAAAGUUUGAUGAUGAUUUACAGACCGUACCUUAGCAGCGCCUGACACACUGUUGAUGCCUAAGACAUUUCUUGGUCUCAUGUAUCGGCCGCACUUCUGUAUCUGUCCAGUUUUAAUUUUUAUAACUGACUCAAUUUCUACUCUUUCUCUCUUGUUAUCUGGUUGAAUUUAUUGUUUAUAUUUGUUUUCUGUGUUUUUGGGAUAAAGUCAUGUAAUGUACUGCAAAA